AUGGAUUUCUUUUUCCGGGUGCCGAACGUCCACCAGCACAAUGUCCCGGCGCCAAACAUUCGGCCUCAAAUGUCGACGCUCGAGGAGGCGGCAAUCACACUCGGUGCCGUCUUGGUUAUGGUGAUCCCUUUUGGUUGGUUCGCAUGGAAGUGGGAGGAGCGCGAGCGGGCGUACCAGGAAAGGUCGGACAUUCGGAUGUACGAGAGUUGGGAAAGAGUAGACAAGCGCAUAGCCAAGGACUUGAAGCUGGCGAGUGGGAAGAUCCAGCCUGCAAGUAUGACAACCAAGGAGCUAACAGCCCUCGCGAAUGAUGUCAAGAAGGAGCUUGCACUCAGAGCAUCGCGAAAACAGUGCAGCGAAGAUUUGCUUCUGAGUAGUUGA